AAAAAAAAAAAAAAAAGAGCCUGCGGAAAUAGAGCUAAAGACGUGGGGCACUGUGCCUCUGCAAAAACCAAAGGAGGUUGAGAUUGAAGCAGUUCUUCCUCUCUCACAAAACCUUCCAUUAUCGCCAUCUUCACAAACCUCAAACCCUCUCUUUACUCUACUCGCCAGAGCCGCUCCGGUACUCAAUUCAAUCCAAUCCCAUCAUGAACGACGACGAUGCAUGUGGAGUUAUGGAGGCUCAGUACAUACGCCGCCAUCACCGUCACCAUCCCAACGACAACCAGUGUACCUCUGCCGUUUUCAAGAACGUUAGAGCUCCGGUUCCUCUUGUUUGGUCACUGGUGAGGAGAUUCGAUCAGCCCCAGAAGUAUAAGCCUUUUGUUAGUCGUUGUGUGGUGAAAGGAGACCUGGGCAUUGGAAGUGUCAGGGAAGUGAAUGUGAAAUCUGGUCUUCCUGCAACCACUAGUACUGAGAGGUUGGAGCUUCUUGAUGAUGAAGAACAUAUACUCGGAAUCAGAAUCGUUGGUGGAGAUCAUCGGCUCAAAAACUAUUCUUCCAUCAUGACUGUCCAUCCAAAGGUUAUUGAUGGAAGACCUGGAACGCUUGUGAUCGAGUCUUUUGUGGUCGAUGUGCCUAAUGGAAACACAAAAGAUGAGACGUGUUAUUUUGUUAAAGCGUUAAUCAGAUGCAAUCUUAAAUCUUUGGCCGAUGUAUCGGAGAGGAUGGCUGUGCAGGGGCAAACUGAACCGCUCGAGAAGUAGUCGGUAGGGAGGAAAGCAACUGAACAUUGAUGAUGAUGUGAAUAGUUCAUGGUAGACCCAGAAGCCAUUUUAUCUCCCACUUGUGUUGUGCCAUGUAAAGAUUGUUCAGAGCUAUCCUAUCACAAAUCUCUGAAAUUUUGGGUGUAAGUCUGGCGGUUGAUUUUCCAUCACAUGGAGAUGCAUUUGGUUGGUUUUUUACAUGCUUUUUUUUUCUUUUAUCUUUCGUGUUACUCGGUUUGAGGACGAGUCUCCUUCGUUACUUUCGCUAGCUAUCCAUGGAUGAAAUUUGGAAGAUUCUUAUUUUAUGUUAAUUAACUUCAGUCUGUGCAACAUGGUAGCAGAAAUUUAGGGCCUAUGCAUUUGUAGCUUAAGGCAUUACUGCUAUGUAUGUUUUGUACAUACUUAGUCCUGAAAUAAGUUAGUAUAUCGCUUCAAUACAUGUCAGUCUUGACUCUUGACUAUAAUUUUCCUGAGAAUUUGUUCUCUACUUUUGUUAUGUUAUGAACUUAUGACUGGAUAUUUUUUAAA